AUGGACUACGCGACAGUGGCGCGCGCGCGCGCGUCGUUCGACGCCGCCUUCCGGCGCGACGUCUCGGCCUCGCUCGGCGUCGCGCAGGAGUCCGUGAUGGUCGUGGCAGUGGCGGCCGGAUCGACGAUUGUCGCAUUCUGCGUGGAGGGCGAGCCGGAUGCGGCCGGCCGGCUGAAGGGCGCCGGCCUCCUCACCGACGGGCUGACCGACUUCAACCACGGCGUCGCCGUCGAGCUGCACGCGCACCUCUUUGGUGCCGAAGCGGCCAUGAUUGGGGCGCGGGUCGGCGCGCACCAGCCGCCGCCGGCGGAGGAGGCGUACCGGCGCGAGGCCGAGGCGGAGGAGUCGGAGGACAUUGCGGCAGUGGCGCAGGCGGCGGCGGAGCGACGGAGCUCUUGGCGGCGCUCGUACUUUGGCGAGGAGGAGGAGGGGGCCAACGAGCCCGCGUCGACACGCAGCUCGGAAAGCGAGAGCGGCGCGGCCGGCGACGGCGCGGCCCUCGACCGGCUCCUCGCGCAGGCGUUUGACGACGACGAGGGCCUGUCCUCGCCCGACGCGCGGGCGGAGUCCGCGGCGGCGCAGAGGGCGUGCGCGUUGCGCGCGGGCUGGGCGGCGUUAACGCGGGAGGCGGGGCGACUCGCGGCGCUGGGGGCGCAGCACGAGGCGCGAAGAGCGGGCCGGGGGCUGCUCAUCGCGUGGCUGGUGUGGAGGAGAGACGCGAGGCUGGCCAGGCGAGAGCGUGUGCGCACUGGAGAGAGCGUGCUGUGA